UUUGACGUCGAAUCAACUAAUUACAGCAUUCGGCCUCCUUCCAAGAUUUUUAGAAAUAUUUGGAGCAAAGACCUAACUUUGCAUUGAAUAAAUAGUGGAAAGUAUUUAUAAGAUUAGACACUAAAAGAUAAUAGAGAGAAGAGGAAAUAAUAUGACGAACUUUAUUUGUUUUUUGCCAGUCUUUCAAGUACUGUGUAAUGUAACGUAACUCCUAUACUAACAUUAUUACGCGGUGAUACAACCUAUCUACAUACUUCGUAAUUGAGAUUCUAUUUUGUUUAAAACAGUAUAAGAUAAAAAACAAUUCAGUGUAGAAGUGUGGUUCGAGAUGUGAGUGGAGAUAACAAAGCAGGAACUAACGAAAUGAACGACCUACGUGGAUUACUGUUGCUGAUAUUCUUCGGAAUACCGCUGAUAGCAACUACGAACCUCGAAUGCCGAACAAAUUUUAUAUGUGCUGAUGAGACGCAUUUCUAUAUUUGUUUAGAUUUUGGUGAUGGAAAAUUAAUAGCAAUGGACACUGUGGUUUUCCCAUGCCCGCCGCGUAUGGUUUGCGAUGAAACGAAUAUAAAUGAGUGCCAUAUACCAAUUAUUCCAACUACGACGCAGAUAAAUACAUUAGCUACUAUUAGCGAAAAAAUCAGCACGAUUCCGCCAGAAAUAACGACUUAUAUUACAACAGCUUAUGAGAAAAAUAGUGCCAUUUAUGCAGAAAGUACGACAGAAAGCAGUUUAAGCACUCUCACAACUGUAUCGAUAGAUAAACCCCCACAAAUAUCAACGACAACUCAGUAUAAUGACAGAAAGUCAAACGAUGUUGUAUAUACAAUCGACACUAGUCCUACAACAGAAUUACCACAUGGAAAUAAAAAUAAUUCUAAUGAUAUUCUAAAUGAAAGGGCCGAUACCACACAAACAAUUAUGUUAACGAUAACUCAUCAAUACGAUUCUACAAACUUUGUUGAUGAUGUUGUGAAUACCGGUACCAGUACAAUUGAAGAUAGUGAAUCACACAUCAGCGCGACACAGCAGUCUGAUUAUGUAAGUGCGACGGGCUCUAGUGCUAUUGAAGAAAAUGAACAUACAUAUAAAUUUAAUGAAAUUGCAUUUCUAAAUGUAACAACUUCUGUACCAAUAAAGAAAAGUGCCUUUUUAAGUCCUUACGUUUUAAACUUUACAAAAUUACAUGAUUCUAUGGAUAAAAUAAACGCAAAGACUGAAGAAGAUGACUUAGGUAUUAGUAAUAAAAUUGCAUUUACUUCAGAAGUAACAGCUUCUAUGUCUACAAAAUCUAACAAUUCCAAUAAAACAAUAGGCGAAAGUAUGAUUACUUAUCAAAAUAGCAAACGUAAUACUACGAAUGAACCAAAUGUAAAAAGCAACACACUAACCGAGUCAAAUGUAUUUAUUACAACUCAUACGAUUGAAUCUAUGAAGUCAGAUAAUAUUAAAAAUGAAGCAAGCAUUGAAGAAAUAGAACAAAAACAUAAAGUUGAAGCUAUUACUAUUUCAACCUCUGAUUUUUUGCCUGAUAUCAUGCUCAAUUCUACACAGCACGAUAUUAUCAACAAAACGGAAAUAAGAAAGACUAUUAAAAAUAAACGAAUCGAUAAAAGUAAUAAUACUGAUGUUCCGUAUGUAACUGAUCCGUAUACAGAAACUACUUUUUCAAUGACUACUUAUGUUUUUGAUUCUGUAUAUACAGGCGAGUCUAUAAAUAAAACGUAUGUAGGCAUUAAUAAAAGAAAUAAGCAAUCAGAUAAAAAUACGAUCGUUGUUUCGAGUAUAAUAGCAGCAACUGAAUCAAUACCAGUUCAUCUUCUUGAUUCUGCACAGCAGAACAGUAAUUUGUCUAGUAAUAUAGACACAAAUAAGAAUAUUAAGAGUACGAGAAGUGAUAUAAGUAAUUUUACUGUUCUUCCAUAUAUAGCGAUUGACUCCUCUACAGAAACAAUACAGAAUCAUGCCCCUGUAAAUAAAACGAACGUAGUUAAUGCUGUAGAUAAACAAAUAUUUUCAAGUACAGGUGCAACUGAAUUAAUAUCUGUUCACCUUAAUGGUGCACAACAGGACCAUAAUUCUGACGUCAUAAUGAACGCAAAUGAUACUAUUAAAAAUAAGCAAAUGGACGAAAGAAAUGCUAAUAAAGUUGUAUAUGAUAAAACGACUGAUUUGCCCAAAGACACAAAUGAAUUAUUAACUUCACCAAGUUUUACAUUUUUAAAGUUAGAUAAUCUUGAAAAUAAAAUGAACAUAAGUACGACUGCAGAAAGUAGGCAAUUUAAUACACUUGCUGUGUCAAGUAUAUCUCAUAAUGUGCCUGAUUUUACUUUCAAUUAUUCAAAGACCUACGCUAGUGCUAAUACAAUGGAAACGAGUACGACGACAAGUAUACCAAAUGACACGUCUUUUAAGACUACUUAUAGUUUUUUUUCCACAAAAAACCCUGAAAAUAUGAUAGACAAAAUCAUAACUGACAAAGACAAACCAACUUUUCACACUUUAUUAAAUUUAAACAUACCGACAACUAUAACAACAAUUUCCCAAUUUGAUGAUGCAAUAGACAGACACGAAGAAAAUAAAUAUAUAGCUACAACAGCUUUUGCACAGUCAUUCAACGAUACAUCUACAGAAAAAAUAUAUUUAGCGGCUUAUCGUCCUGAAAUUAAACCAAUAUUUUAUCCCAUCCAUAUAAAUGACACGAGUACAAUCGAACAAAAUAUAAGUGAAGAUUCAAGAAUGAUUUCGAAGACAACGACUAAUGUUCUAAUACAAAAUGAUUCGGCUCAUGCUUCAAAUCCAGCUGUUGGUGAAUUAAUAACAAGAACAACAGCGAUAAGAAAUUCCACAACAAAAUUUCUUGAUAUUAUUGAUAAAACAACCUUAAGUAAUUAUGUAAACAACACACGUUUAAAGGGGAAAGAAAAUUUUACAUUGGCAAAUACGUUUACGACAACAGAGAGAAACGAGUUGGCUGUUGCUAAUUUCAGCGAAAUUACAAAGUUAAGUAAUCCUGACAUGACAGCUGUACUAACGACCGGGAAAAUUCUGCUAAAAGAUAAUAAUACCGAACCAAUUCAUAAACUUUUCACUGACAACUCAACGACUUUCUAUAAACCUGCCAAUGCGAUUAAUGUUGUUAAUGAAGAAAAUUUAUUCACAGAUAUGCCGAUUACUUCUAAAACAACAAACGAUAUAUCAACUACAAAUUAUAAUUUUGAAAAGUUACAUACUGCUGAAACCAUACACGAAGAUGAAUAUAAUAUAGAGACUUUUUCCAAAGCAACUACUGAAACAUCAUUAGAAACAAUUGUUGUAACAAGUAAAUACGUCGAUAACUCUAUGAAGAUUUACGAAUCUACUAAACUAACAGAUAUGAUUUGGGUUGAUAGUUCACUAGAAAAAUAUGUGCACUACUCAACUCCACAUAUUGAAUCAAGCGACUCUCUAAAGACAGUGUAUGAAAGUACAACUAAAGAAUAUGAUGAAAUACAAAGAAAAGACACAACCGUAUUUUUGAAGUCAUCAACCAAUGCUGCGAAGAAAACGAUUUCGGACCGUUUUAUUUCAACAGAGUUUGAAAACAUUGAUUACACGACAGAAACAAUUAAGGGAGAAAACGUAGAAACAAACUCAAUCGGUACAACUGUUGACUUAACAGCAAACAUGGCAUUUCAGCCACAUCAAUUAUAUAACUCUACAAAGAUAUAUAAUACUAUACACAAGAUUAAUGCAAGAGAAGAAAACGUAGAUUUUAGAGAAAAUAUUCCAAAUACUACACCAAAUGUAAUAACUGAAAAAAAGGAAAUUAAUACAAAAUCACACACAAGUACUAUGAGUGAUAGAAUAUUAGAAACGACCAGUGAUUACAUUUCCACGGAUAUAUUUUUAUUAAAUAAUACUACUUCAAUUAAAAUAAGUACAUUAAAAGAUAAUAAUGAUUUGAAACUUCUCAAAUCUAAGAAAAUGUCAACAGAAACAGUUUUUUCUAUAGAUAAAAUUAAUCUAGAUCAUGAUACAUUGCGAGUUCUUAUUAAUAUAAAUGAUAAAACGAGUAACAAUAGCAAUAUUGCAACGGGUAAUAGUGCAAACAAGUAUUUUGCCAAUAACAUUCCACCCAAUAAUAGCUCUAAAAAUGAUGAUACAACGACUAUAUUUGAUUCACUUGAAAGGAACAAAUAUAAAAAAUCGGUUGUUUUAAACAACUCUUCAUCACCGAUUAUUUCAGACAAUAUUUUCAGACAAAUACUUUCCGAAACAGAUUUGAUAAGUAACGAAACUAUAACAUUUGAACCAUUUUUAACAAAAAAUAACGAAAAUAUAAAUAUGAAAAAUACGUUCAAAAUCAAAGCGAGAUUUUCACAUGAAAAUAAUUCUUUGGUACUAAAUACUACUACUAUUCCAAAUUCUAAAAUUAAGAUUAUUUCUACAGUUCCAAACAAAUUUGUUGAAAAUUCAUUACACAUAACUAAUUUAACAACAAGUCAGAUGGGAAGUACAAAGCCAGAUUUUAUAGCUAUCAUUACUGAUUUACCUUCAACUGAAAAUAUUAAAAAAUAUAUACCAAACUCCGAGCUUUUACACACAAGCAAUACGACAUAUAGCGGCAUUAAAAUUGUUACCAGUGACACUGAAAAUAAUUUGAAUAAAAUAACAACUAUGGCAAAUAAAAAUGCUGAAACCAAAAAUAAUACAUCUGUAUAUAUUUAUGACUAUAUUGAUAAUCCCCUUAAAGAACAGCCACUUCAAUAUACACAACCAAUAGAAUACGCCACCGUGUCAAGUUCAACAUCUCCGUCUGAAGAUACAAAUAUGUUAAAUUCGAUCAUCAAUACUACGAAAAUAGUAAAAAAUAUUCAUGGAAAAUAUGGAGAAAAGCAAACACAAAACUUAUCACCAGCUCUGAAAAAUACUUUUAGUGACAUUGAAUCAAAACAAUAUGUUAUUGAGGAAACUUUUCCAACAAAAAAUGUUCAGUAUUCUACUGAGAAUGUACAUUACACAAAUGUUGAAACCAAAAAUAAUGCAUCUGAAUAUAUUUAUGGCUAUAUUGAUAAUCCUCUUAAGGCACAGACGCUUAAAUAUACACAACCAAUAAAAUACGCCACUGUGUCAAGUUCAACAUCUCUGACUGAAGAUACAAAUAUGUUAAACUCGAUCACCAAUACUACGGACCAAGUGAAAGAUAUUCAUGACAAAUAUAAAGAAAAGGAAACACAAAACUUAUCAUCAGCUCUGAAAAAUACUUUUAGCGACCUUGAUCCAAAACAAUAUGUUGCUGAGGCGACUUUUUCAAUAAAUAAUGUUCAGUCUUCUACUGAAAAUGUACAUUCUAUAAAUAGCCAAGUCAGUGCAGUUGAAUCAAUUGUAACAGGGACUAAUACAAAAACCAAGACUGUGAACCAUAUAAGUUUACCCAAGAUAAUUAGCAAAGAAACAGGACCACAUAGCAAAAUUACUACUACCCCUGUUCUUGUGUUAUUAACAAGCAAGAAAAUCAAUAUAAACUCCAAUGUUUUAAAAACAUUACAAGAAUCCAAUGCGGUACCCACUGAUUAUCCUAUCAAGGGCACGCCAUCAAUCAUUUCGUUUAAUAGCUUUAUACCUAAAACUGACAAAUUUGCAAUUGUAAGUACCGAGGCACCGCGAUCAAACAAAAACAUAAGUGAAUUCGAGUGUGUCACCGAAGGGAGAUUUAGUGACACUAUACAUGGUAAUAAUUAUUAUAUAUGCGCAAGAAAUAACGACACUUUUAUAAGAUUGAAGUUUAGCUGUCAAAAUGGUUACCACGUAAAUAAAUCAACAGUAAAGUGUGAACUAAACGAAGCGAAUUCUACAAUAGAAACCGUUUACAGAAAAAAUAUAACUGAUACACAAACGAGUCAUGGUACUGCAGCUAUUCAAGAGUAUAACAUAUCAGAGGGCAAUGUUUUAUUGCCGAAAUUAGUUGUUGGAAUGAAAGAAUUGCUAACAGUUGAAAUUAGCACAGAAAUUAAUAAAGAAUCUGAAGAUGAAGAUGACACGGAAGCCGAUGAUACAGAAGAAAAAUCUUCUAUCAGCUCAAAUAAAAAUGUACAAUCAAAAACUGCACAAAUGGAACCUUUGCCGGCUCAUCUGCCAAAUCAACAGGAAAUAUCGAAUGUAGAAAUUUUUGCAAACAACAGGAACACGGAAAUUAAGCACGAUAUGUCAAUAAUAGUAAAUACUGAAGCAAUACAAUCAAGCACAAUUUCAAAGACAUCGAAAGAAAUGCCCAUAAAAUCGGUUGGAAAUUUACAUGAACCAAAAUUGGUGGGUUCAAAAUUGAACAUUACAACAAUCGCAAAAAGUCCUCGAAUACCUAGUCUAUCAACAACAAAUAAAUAUAUAACAAGGACCACAACAACCGUAAAACCCAGUGUUAAUUGCAAGUCAUCAUCAGGCAGUGCAUCAACUAUACGAAACCAAGUCACUACCAUGAAGGUAGAAACUACUACAUCUAACACACAAAAAGAUACAAAUUUUGUAUGUCGUAGUAAAAAAAAUGGAAAGUAUGCAGAGAAUACUGAUUGCAGAAAGUUUUAUAUAUGCGCAGGCAAAGACUACCCUAUUGUAUCUGAAUGUCCUAUUGGCACAGUUUUUAGCGACCUCAGAAAACAAUGUACUAAAAACUUGUCACAUUGCAUUAGAAAUAAUGAAUUUCAAUGUCCUAGUGAAGGAAGAUUUCACGAUAUCUUUGUAACUAUUUAUUACUACAUAUGUGUUAAAGACAUUAAUCAUCAUUUUAUAAGAUUUAAGUUACGUUGUCAGAAUGGUUAUCAUGUAAAUGAAUUUACUUUGAAAUGUGAAUUAAACAAAGAUAACUCUGAAAAACCAUCAGUUUCUCAAAGCAGUGGAGAAAGUAGUGAAAAAAGUGAGUUAGAAAUAAAAAGUGAACAGAAAAGAUCCACGGAAAGGCAUCGAAGCGAAAGUAAAGAAAACAAUAUUUUCAAAUGUGAGGAAAAAGGAAAAUUUCCUGAUCCAGAUAACUGUAGAAACUACUAUGUAUGUUCAAAAAAACACAAACGGUUUCGACAAAAAAGAAAACGAUGUAAAAAGAAUGAAGUGUUUCAUAAAGAUAGAUAUAGGUGCGUCAGUGCAGACUCACAUAAAUGUGAUUAUGAUUAAAUGUAAAUUUAGUAUCAGUAAUUGAAGGGAAGUGUCUUGCAAGUUGUUAUUCAGUGUGUGCCAUUAUGACCAGUGUCGUCAAAACCUCCAAAACUAGGGCUUCGGGUCUACAGUUUAGCCUCAUUGUUUAUAAAAAGCUAAAGCAUGUAUGUUUCUUUCGUUCUAUCGAUGCCAAAUUUUGUAAAGUGACAAAACAUACUUAAGCUUAAAGUAUGCUUUAUCUUUUUUAUUUAAGAAUAAAAGGGUUAAAUGUAUAAAGUAAAUUAUAUCAUAAUUUGUAUAGUAAGUAUAAUUUUGUACUUGUAAAUUUAUAUUUAUUUCGAAA